AUGCCAAAUGCAAAUGCUCCAGGCAAAAAGCUUUCAUCAAACAUAAUCGGAAUAGACCUGGGAACAACAAAUUCCUGUGUAUCUGUAGUCAAGAAUGGAGAGCCUGUGAUAAUAGAAAACCAGGAGGGCGAGCGUACAACAUCCUCGGUAGUGUCUAUACUCAAAGACGAAAUUCUUGUUGGAAGCCAAUCGAAGAACAAGAUACUAACACACCCCAAGAACACAAUAUUUGCAUCCAAGAGAUUGAUAGGAAGGAAGCUUGAUGAUCCGGAGGUUAGGAAGUAUGUAAAAGGACUUCCAUUUGAUACAACAUCUCAUUGCAAUGGAGAUGUUUGGAUAAAGAUUGAUGGGAAGAAAUACUCGCCUGCACAGAUAGGAGCAUUUAUACUUUCCAAGCUCAAGAGCAGUGCAGAGUCAUUUUUGAAUCAUCCUGUAGUGAAGUCUGUCAUAACCGUUCCCGCUUAUUUUAACGACAGCCAGCGUCAGGCAACAAAGGAUGCAGGAAGAAUAGCAGGGCUGGAAGUUGUAAGGGUCAUUAAUGAGCCGACGGCUGCAGCACUUGCAUACGGGCUGGAUAAGGCUGCGAGAGGGAAUAUUGCUGUCUAUGACCUUGGAGGAGGGACUUUUGAUAUAUCGAUACUCGAAUUAAGUGAUGGAGUAUUCCAUGUGAAAGCCACCAAUGGAGAUACAUUUCUUGGAGGAGAAGAUUUUGACAAUGAAGUUGUGAAGUUUAUUGUAGAGGACUUCAAGGGAAAAGAAGGCGUUGAUUUGAGUGAUGAUACUAAUGCCUUGGCAAGAAUCAAGGAGUGUGCGGAGAAGAUAAAGAAAGACUUGUCUUCAUCUCUUGUCUCAAGGAUAGAUAUACCUUACAUAUGCAAUGUUAGGGGAGAGGCAAGGCAUUUAUCUAAAGAGAUUACCAGAAAUGAGUUUGAAGGGAUUGUUAAGAAGAUUGUGGACCGAACGAUCGAGCCAUGUAAGAAAGCACUUGCAGAUGCAGGUUUAGAUUGUACUGACAUCAAGCAUGUGAUAUUAGUGGGAGGGAUGACAAGAAUGCCUUAUGUCCGAAGAGUGGUCAAGGAGAUUUUUGGAAUUGAGCCUUCUGUUGAGAUCAACCCCGACGAGGCCGUUGCAAAGGGGGCAGCCAUCCAAGGCGGAGUUCUUGCAGGAGAAGUUGAUAAUGUACUUCUCUUGGAUGUUGCUCCUUUGAGUCUUGGAAUUGAGCUUCUUGGAGGGGUGUUUAACAAGAUAAUAAGAAGAAAUACAACCAUCCCAUUCAAAGAGACACAGAUAUUUUCAACCUCCGAGGACAAUCAGACAGAGGUGGAUAUCAAAGUAUAUCAGGGAGAAAGGGCCAUGGCUGCAGACAACAAGUAUCUCGGACAGAUAAAGCUUAAGAGCAUUCCUCCUCUUCCCAGGGGGGUACCCAGGAUUGAAGUGACAUUUGAGUCUGAUGCCAAUGGGAUGUACAAGGUGACUGCACAAGACAGCGCCACGAAGAUGCCCCAGUCUCUUGAAAUAAUACCAUCCAGUGGCCUGACGGAGAAGGAGAUAGACAGGAUGGUAAGAGAGGGAGAGGAGCUUAAACAUCUGGACGAGAUAAAAAGAAGAAAGGCUGAGGUUGUCGUUUCUACGGGAGAGCUUUUUGGAAAAGGAGCUGAUGAUUUGGGAAAAGUUCCUAAGGAUGAUUUAAGCAAGCUCAACAAAGUGAUAAAAGGUGAAGAUUUUGAUUUAGAAGAAAUGGAGCAAGCAUUAUUGAAUGCAAAGAAAGCGGUGUCUAGAUGA